AUGCCAACCAUAUUUUCUGGCCACUCCGUUCGCACUUUGACUCCCCUUCUUCCUCGACAACCUGAUCCAGCGGCCUCAUUCCAACAUCGUGCCCUCACAUCAUUGGCUCAGUAUUAUGACCCUCUCUUAAGAUGUUUCACCUUUCAAGAUUUUCAGUUGGCCCCAACAUUAGAGGAAUUUGAACGAAUAUUGGGUUACUCCCUAGAAAGAGGAAAUCCUUAUCGAUAUACUGGGCAACCACCGAAGUUGGACACAAUUGCUGAAGUGUUGAAGAUCGACAUAAGAGAGUUUGCAAGUACAAAAGAGGAAAAAGGGGCUAUUCAUGGGCUUUCAAGAAAAUAUCUAGAGCAAAAAUGCCAAGAUUUAGCCGAUAAAAAAGAAUGGAGUGCUUUUAUAGAUGUUUUGGCCCUCAUUAUCUUCGGUAUUGUUAUAUUCCCAAAUCUUGAUAACUUUGUAGAUGUUGCUGCGAUAAAUGUAUUCUUAGUUUUUAACAAACAUAAACAAAACCCAGUUCCCGCGAUUCUAGCUGAUAGUAAUCGUGAAUGGGCUCAGAGUAUAGCUAGCCUUACUGGGGAUACAAUUUCAUGGUACUAUAGAGAACAAGGGGUGGAAGAGGUAAUAUGCCGAUGCAGAGAUUUUCCAAAUGUACCUCUCAUGGGAACAAAGGGAUGUAUUAAUUACAAUCCAAUGGUAGCUCUGAGACAACUUGGCUACCCCAUGUUGGAUAAACCAGAUGACAAAAAAGGAAAGGUACUCGGACGUAGAAGUUGCAGCACAAAGGAACCUUAUCAACAAUGGGUAAAGAAGAGAGUCCGAGAAAUCAAGUUGCCUUUCCACAUUACACCCUCAAAUGAUCAGGAAUGGUCUGAACCUGUCUUUGUUACAAAGGAGGAAAUAGAAGAGCUCAAAGCAUGGGCUUAA